AAAGAUAUUAGAGUUGUGUACCUUUCGACCUUGAAAUUCAAGGACGCUUGUGCCCGGGUGUUCGGUUUAUAUUUCGUCCUAUCUACCGGUGUUAUUACAAGAAAAUGAUAGCUUCAUCCGCAAGGCUUGCCAGAGCAGCAGGUGGUUCAAGAAAUUGGCUGCUGGGCGUCCUCCGAGGCUCUAGUUAUGGAACUGCAUCGGAGGCCAGCUUCCAGGUGGAGUCCUACAAGCUGCACAAACUCGAGCAGGGUCCAUCCACAUCUGUCACACUGUCCCGGGACGAUGGCCUCAAGAUGUACAGACAGAUGCAGACUGUUCGUAGAAUGGAGACAAUGGCUGGCAACCUUUACAAAUCUAAAAUCAUUCGUGGUUUUUGCCACCUCUACUCAGGCCAGGAAGCUGUCUGUGUGGGUAUGGAGAAUUCAAUGACGCCCGAUGACUCUGUGAUCACCGCCUACAGGGCUCAUGGCUGGACCUUCAUGAGGGGAGUCUCAGUGCAGGGAGUGUUGUCCGAGCUCACAGGUCGGGUGUCCGGCUGCGCCAAGGGCAAGGGAGGUUCAAUGCACAUGUAUGGCCACAACUUCUAUGGUGGAAACGGCAUUGUAGGAGCACAGGUGCCCCUCGGGGCUGGUAUAGCGUUUGCCUCCAAGUACCGCGGUGACGAGGCUAUUUGUGUCACUCUGUAUGGAGAUGGUGCUGCCAAUCAGGGCCAGCUGUAUGAGACCUUCAACAUGGCCAAGUUGUGGAAUCUGCCCUGCAUCUUCGUGUGUGAGAACAAUGGCUACGGUAUGGGCACCAGCGUGGACAGGGCCUCGGCCAGCACAGCCUACUACACCCGCGGAGACUACGUACCCGGACUGUGGAUUGAUGGUAUGGAUGUCCUGGCUAUGAGAGAAGGAACAAGGUUUGCCAAGGAUUAUGCAUUGAAGAAUGGACCCAUCCUGAUUGAAGCCGUCACCUACAGAUACAGCGGACACAGUAUGAGUGACCCCGGGACCAGCUACCGCCCCCGCUCUGAGAUCCAGGAGGUGAGAGAAAAGCGUGAUCCCAUCACAAACUUCAAGGAUAGGCUGUUGUCUUCAGGUCUUGCCACAGAAGAGGAGCUCAAGAAAAUCGAUACUGAGGUGAGGAAGGAGGUUGAGACGGCGGCAGAGAAGGCCAAGACGGAUAAGGAACUUCCCCUGGAGGAGCUGUACAACAACAUCUACGUCGACCCCCCUCAGGGCAUGAAGAUCCGUGGUUGUGACCCAACCAUCAUGGCCUCCACCCGGUAGAAGGAGGGUGGUCUUUUAUGUCUGUAGAGCUCAUACGGUGGAGUGUGUCUCUCUCUGUUUGACAUGAUCAUAUUGUACAUUGCCUGGGUACUAAGCCCUACAGCUCUAACAUCUGAGAGAGUCUCACUCCUAACAAGGUGCCUCACACCGGGGAAUGUAGGAAUCGUGGUGUGAUCGACGUAGUCACCUCUGGUGGUAUAUGUUGGAGGUCUCAUAUCUGGGGAUAUAGGGACUGACCAUGGACUUGACUUAAUGACCUCAUGUUUGAGGUCUUGCACACAUAAUGCCAUGUGAAAUGAAUACUCACUGGAAGAACAUCCUCCUGGAUAGAUGUUCGGACUGUUGCCAUGGUUACUGUAGUAGAUGUGUUUCAGUUGAAGAAUCUGAGGAUGUCUGGGAGAUAUGGUCAUAUAUGGGGACAGGGUGGGUGGGUGGUAUUGUCAUAUAUGGAGGCAUGGGUGAGUGGGUGGUAUGGUCAUAUCUGGGGGCGUGGGUAGUUGGGAUAUUUGUGGCUAAAGCCAGUUAAGGAUACAUCAGCGGGGUAGGUACAUGGGAAUGAUACACAGGAAUUGAUAGCAGGAAUAUUUUAAGGGGUACUCAUUGGCACCAUGUGAUGUAAUUUUCUUUGUAAACAAUAUUGAUUGUUGGGUCAGCGCUUUAGGAUUUGAUGCAUUGAUAGUGCUAUUUCUGACAUACACAAGAGAACAUUAUUCUGUUUUACAGAACUAACACCUGUCCUGACUAGACACUGUUACCCCAUUACUAACACUUGUAUCAUGGUACAAGUCAUAUGAACAGGGAAGCAAGAUCUGCUACUGUACAUCAGGCAAGAAGCCAUGUGUUCUGUCAGUGGUUCUGUGUAGAUGUCAGGGGUCUGUUGGUGUCUAGCGACUACAGACUUACCAGACAACUACAAGGCCUAUAAGUGACACUAGGUAUUGGAGUAUGUAUAAGUUACCACAGCUGUGUAUGUGUUGCAGAAGUGUGAAAUAAAAUAUUUAUCAUGUG